AUGCCAGUGCUGGAGGAUGAGGGAGGCUCCGGUUAUGAGUGCAGUGAGGAGUGUAAGAUGAUAAAGUCGUUUGACGACCUGGAUUUGAAGCCGGAGCUCUUGCGGGGUUUGAUGUCAUAUGGUUUGGAGAAACCGAGUGCAGUCCAGCAGCGCGCAAUUUGGCCAAUAUUAACAGGUCGCGAUGUGAUAGUGCAAUCGCAGUCUGGUACUGGCAAGACCUGUGUGUUUUGCCUGGGUAGUCUGCAGUGCAUUUCGGUGACAAAGAAGAAUCCCCAGGUGAUCAUCUUAUCGCCCACGAGGGAAUUGGCGGAGCAGUCGCAGAAGGUCUGUCUUGCGCUUGGUGAUUAUUUAAAUGCGCAAGUACAUUGCUGCAUUGGCGGGAAAAGUGUGCGCGAUGAUGUCAGCGCAUUAGAGGCCGGUGUACAGAUCGUUAGCGGUACCCCCGGACGCGUGUUCCAUAUGAUUAGCUUACGACAUUUGAACUGCAAGGAUGUCAAGAUGCUCGUUUUGGACGAAGCCGAUGAGAUGUUGUCCAGAGGUUUCAAGACCCAGGUUUAUGAAAUCUACAGACACCUACCGCCAGACCUACAAGUAGUGCUGGUCAGCGCCACACUGCCACAUGAGGUACUAGAACUUUCCACAAAGUUUAUGAAAGACCCCUUCAAGGUUUUGGUAAAUCGCGAUGAACUGACUUUGGAGGGCAUUCGUCAGUUCUUUGUCAGUGUUGAGAAGGAGGCCUGGAAAUUUGAUACCCUCACAGAUUUAUACGACACUCUUGUCAUCACUCAAGCUGUCGUAUUUUGUAACACCACGGAGAAAGUGGAUUGGUUGGCCCAGAAAAUGACCCAACUGAAUUUCACUGUCGUAAAAAUGCAUGGUUCAAUGCCUCAGGCAGAACGCGACGCGGUGAUGGCUCAGUUCAGACGAGGUGACAAACGAGUACUUAUCACUACCGACGUUUGGGGCCGAGGUAUCGACGUCGCUCAGGUGAGUCUUGUUAUCAACUACGACCUCCCCACCAACCGUGAACUAUAUAUCCAUCGCAUCGGACGUUCUGGACGAUUUGGCCGCAGGGGAGUUGCAAUCAACUUUGUCAAAAAUGAAGACGUCCGCAUCUUGAGGGAUAUCGAGCAGUAUUACUCCACUCAAAUCGACGAAAUGCCGAUGAAUGUCACUGAUCUCAUUUAG